GGCGGUCGGGCGGGACCCGCCGGGCGGCUCCGGCCCCAAGCCUGCCCCGCCUCGCGCCCCGUGAAAGGAGGGCCGCCGCGGCGGCGGGAGCUCACGGGCCUGCGCAGUCGACGGGCCGACCCCCGGCGCGGCCCUCGCUGGCCGCGCUGUGGGGACCCGCCGCGCACGCGCGCACGCCCGCCGCGCCCCGCCCCCGCGCGCCGCCGCGUCCUUCGACCCCGGGCCGCCUGCUGCGGGCAGCUGAGGGCGGCAUGCGGGACUACGACGAGGUGACCGCUUUCCUGGGUAAGUGGGGGCCCUUCCAGCGCCUCAUCUUCUUCCUGCUUAGCGCUAGCAUCAUCCCCAAUGGCUUCAACGGGAUGUCAGUCGUGUUCCUGGCGGCGACCCCGGAGCACCGCUGCCGGGUGCCGGACACCGCGAACCUGAGCAGCGCGUGGCGCAACCACACUAUCCCGCUGCGGCUGCAGGACGGCCGCGAGGUGACUCACAGCUGCCGCCGCUACCGGCUCGUGGCGGUCGCCAACUUCUCAGCGCUCGGGCUGGAGCCGGGACGCGACGUGGACCUGGAGCAGCUGGAGCAGGAGAGCUGCCUGGAUGGCUGGGAGUUCAGCCAGGAUGUCUACCAGACCACCAUCGUGACCGAGGUGGGCACCAGCCCCGCGCCGGGGCGGGGGACCGAGACAUAGGGAGUCUGAGCCCCUGCACUGCAACUCCCCACACGGCGCACGCUGGAUGCUGCCUCCCUCUCCCCCAUCACACUACACGCUGGUGAUGGGCAUCCUCCAACCAAGUGUCUUGGGAACACUUUGCAAAGUGACUUCCAGCCAGAGCAUGGCCCUCACAGCACGAUGUCAGGACGGCCACUUGUCCUGGUGGCCACCCUGGGGAGGGAGCCAAGAAAGCUCUGGCUGCCCCUGGUAGAUACUCUGUGACCCUGAGUGGUCAAAGACUUCCUCUAGAUGGGGGUGGGAGAGUUGGGGCACAGAACCAGAGCUCGGGCCAAGGGGCUGCCACCCUUUUUCCUCCAGCCUCUUGGCAUCUGCCCAGAGAGAGGAAAUACUCCUUUCUUGAACUUCUAAAGUUAAAGGAAGCAUGAAUAACAAGAAUGUCUCUUGCUCCUUUCUCAAGGUACUCCUUCCCCUCCCACACUCACCCCAAAAUGACAGUCUGGUCAUGCCCUGUAAGGAAUUGUUGACCUUUUCCUCAGGGUUAGUUACCAGGAUCCAUGCACCUGAAGAUCUGACUUCACUGCGUUCCUCUUCAGUAAGUAACCAGAAGCAGAACUUACAGGGCCUCCUGAAUCAUGGUAUAUGGCUUCCCCAAGGCAGUCUUUGCCUAUAACCCCAGGGACAGCUUCUGCUUUCACAACUCUCACUGGCAUCCAGGAGGGUGACAGACAUACUCGCUUGUGAGGCUAGGACUGGAUUUGCGAUGACUGUAAGUUUUGAUUCCCCGUGGCCCUUUGGGCCACAAAGCAGUCAUCUACCUCCAGCGCCUCUCUUGUGAAGUACCACCACCUCAGGGCACUGGAAUGAUGUCACAGACCUAGAGAUCCCACUGGGGCUCCAAUCACACUCCUACUACAUACAUGUGGGAGUAAGGAGCACAGGUGCUCAGAACAUCAGAUGUCCAAAUGUACAGAGAACACAGACACACACACAGCUCUCAGGGCAGUGAGACUUCCCUGGAGGGUGACAACCCCAGAAGCAUACACACAGGGCCUCUAGAACCCAUGUAAACCCCUUUGAGACUCCAGUAGGGUUUGAUGCUGUACUGAACCUCUGCACCCUCCCUUUUAAUCCCCUCCCUGUGAACUCUGCCCUCCUGCUAGUCUGUUUCUUGCUGUUCCAGACUUUGCAUCUGCUGAGCUGAAUGCCCUAGACUCACUGAGAGGCCUCCUCCUCUGGGAAUCCUUCCCUAAUCUGUAAAUCCUUGAUCUUGACACUUGGUGAACCUGGGUACCCAAGUGCCUAUUAAGCAGGACCCUUUUUGUGGCCUUGCUUGUUGAGUUCUGCUGAGACUCCAGGGAGUUAGAGUUCCAGUGUCUGAGUAAGAUGUAAAACACAACCACAUUCAUUAACACCAUGUCACACAUCCAGCUUUAAUAGUGACUGCUGGGUCAGCAAAGGGGGACAGAGCCACCCAAAAGGAAAAUCCAAGGGGCUGGGGAAUGAGAAAAAUUUCCCUCUACUGCCAGUGAAUGAAGGUUGUGUGCUUUCACUCAAUCGGCAAUGAUGUUGCAUUAGAAAACCCUAAAACAUUACAGGUCAACAUCACCCUGAAUAGAUCUUCAGGUGCAUGUUCUUCAGGAGUAUCUUGA